AUGUUUGGAGGAACUUUUGCCGGUGAGUCGAGCACCUCGACUCCCACACCGAGCACGCAGCUCGACCGAGCCAACUUUCUCGAGGCGCCAAAACCGUUCAAGAAUGCCGCGUACGGAGCCAAGUCGGCGAACCGUCGCAACAAGACGCUGAAGCAGAUCCUCGUCGCCGAACGCGACCUUGCCAUGGGUCUCGACGGCGCAAAUGGCUCUGGUGGUGGUGGAUCGGGUGCAGGACCGGGCAAACGAAAGGGAAAAAAGGGUGCUGAGGAGGUCAUGCUGGGCCCUGGCGGGAAGAGAUUGGUGGGCGCAGCUGCCAAGGCAGCCAGGAAGAGAGAGGAAAAGGAACGAAUUCAAGCGCUCAAGGAGGAGACAGGCGACGAUUCAGAGGCAGACGUCACGGCCAUGACGGGCGUCGAAGGCGACACCUUGAUGGCAGAUGUGUCGGUGACGAAGGAGGAGCCUCUAACAGAGGAGCAGAAGGCCGAAGAAGAAGAGAAGGAAAGGCAGGCAAGAGAGAAAGAGCUGCAGAGGAGAAGAAACAUACCCUCAUACUCUUCCGUCGAGGCACCACCGAGCCUGCGACCGCGGAAAAAGUACUGCGACAUCUCAGGUCUGCUGGCACCGUACACAGAUCCUAAGACGCACUUGCGGUACCAUAGCGUGGAAAUGUACGAGAUCAUUAAGACUUUUGCACCGGGAGUUGACCAAUCCUACCUCAAUCUCCGUGGCGAGUCGUCGCAAAUAAAGUAGCCGUUUGCGACCCUCUUCGUACUUUUACCCUCACUUCCAAGAAAACAACUCUUUCUGCUUCACUCUUUCGGCGACUCUGCCGAAAUGUGGUCUGAGAAUGGAGAGAAUGUGGAUCUGAUUCCUUCCUUCUCAGUCGUCGACCGUUUUUUCUUCAUUUCGUCUCUCUGUCUAUCCUGGACGCCAGCUGCCAUCCUCAAAAGUAAUCAAUGCAGUCCCCGACA